CUGAACGUUUACAUAAGUGUCUUGGCUUCAGAGUGCUUCAUAUACACUCACUGACCAAGCUUCCCAGCUCUUCGAGAGGCAGAUCACCAUUCCCCCAUACACCGGUUGAGAAACUACCGGUGUCGGAGGUAAAGGGCCCAUGUCAGAAUUUACAGGACCCCAGGGUUUUACAGCUAUGAUCCCUCCUUUGUGUGCAGAAUUGUGAGAGUAGCUAGGAACCCCCUUCCCACAAAGCGCUUGCAGUUGGGAUGCGGGACACAGCCCUGCUCCAUGUUCCAGGCUGAGCUAUUUUCACUGUAUUUGAAUGAUCAGUACUCCAGCUUCCCUUAUCCACUAGUAUCCGCCCCCUGGCCUCUGCCCUGAGGACGCCAAGCAGAAGGAGGCAGGAAAGCGGAAACUAGGCUAAAUGAGCCAAAGCAGGGGAGACGCAGUAAUAGGAGGGGGGUCGCCCCCCGCUUCCUCUGGGUGCCUGCCAGGGCUCUGCUCAAAUAUUUGGUUCUGGAGGUGCACUACAGGGAUUCUUGCUGUUGUUGUGGUUUUGAUCUUGUGUAUUCACCUUGUGGUAAAUAGCUCAUCCGGGAAAGGUUCUUAUGGCUCUCCUCCUCCGGAAGCCUGCCCUGCCGACUGGCUGUACCACCAAAGGAAAUGUUACUACUUCUCUGAGACAGAAAAGGACUGGGAUUCCAGUUGGAGCUUUUGUUCCUCACACAACAGCUCCCUGACUGUAAUUGAAAACCAGCAGGAACUGAACUUUAUAAUGAAAAUAACAAAGCAAGAUCCGUGGAUUGGACUUCACAAGACAGGAGAAGAAUUCCAUUGGGUAAACGGGACUCCAUUAGAUAGAAAUCUGUUGGCAGUAAAGGGUUCUGGAGAAUGUGCCUAUAUUGAAUCAGAUGUGGUCUCCAGUUCUGGAUGCUCAUUAACCAGGGGUUGGGUCUGUAAAAAAACCUCUUAGCUCUGUGUACUCAUGCUUCACUGAGCCAAUUAAUCUAAGACUCAGAGUUCAAUUGUCACAGUUCAGGGCAACUGCACCUGUGCUUCCCCUCAGUGACCCAGCAACUAGUCUCAGGCUUGUUGCAUCUCUCUCCCUUCUGACUGAGGUAUUUCCAAGGCUGCACAGUUCCCUGCCUUUACUGUGUUGUUCCUAGCACAGACAGGUUGUCCAAGGACACCUGCUUGCUUUCUCCUCCGAGACAGUUAGCAGGUGUAAUUGCUUCAGUUACAAGAUACCACACAGCACUUCCUAUGAGAGCCCACUUUAUUCUUAUGGUAAAAAAUCAUUACAGAGAAAGCAUUAAAACAAUAAAAGACACUACACACAUGCUACUAAGCUUCCCAGAGUUCAUCCUAACAUGGAUUCUGACAGGAGCAGUUCUUCCAUCCCCCCCACCCAACAGAUUCCUUGUGGUUACAAGUUCAUCAUAGCUUCAGCUCAGAACAAGCUCACUAGGGCUAGUCCUUCCAACACUACCAGAGGUCCUGUCUGUUUUCUGGAUCAGGAAGAAGGCCCUGAAGCUGGUUGAAAAUCAGGCUAUUUAUCCAAAAAUCUUUUUUGUCUGUUGGUCCCUGGAGAGUCUAGUUUGAACUAGUGGAGGUGCACUUCUUCAAGUGGUGGUGUCUCUCUGGAGAUAUUACAACCGGAGUGAAUGUGCCUAAUUACCCCCUGCUGUUCUCUUAUUUAUCCUUCCCAUGGAAACACAUACAAUUCCGUAGUAAUACAGACACAGUUACAUUUUAAUACAGUGGACCCCAAAGGUAUUCACCUAGUUCAAUAAGGUGUAGCCUAGCUCAAUAAAGUUCCUUCAGGAUAUUGCAGGAACUUGUCAGUCUGUUACAUCAACAACAUCUUGAAAGCUAUAAAUGCAAUGUAGCCUCAGCACAUUUGCAUACAUUUCAAAGCACUAACAAUUGUAGAUUAGCAAAAUCUCUUCCCAAAAACACUAACCCACAACCCCCCCCACCUGGGUUCAGAAAGGAAGGAGAAAGAUUUAUUAGCCAUUAACUGAGAACUCAGCCACUGGUUUGCUGUGACUGCUGCUUAUCAGUUUCAUCUCAUUGAUUCCUUGUGCUCUCCCUUUCCCCCUAGUCUCUUUGAUGUAUCCACCUGUUGUUUCUCAUCCACUAGUGAGGGUAUGUUACGUGUAGAUCAAGGCUCAGUAUAUGAAUCUACUAAUUACUCUGUUGAGAUGGUUCUAAGACUUGUGAGGGAUAAACGAGAGUAAGGUGGCUAUCAGACAUUGAUCACUGUAGUGAGUUUAUAUGGCCAGCCAAUUGAGUCUAGCUGCUGGUGAUGUUUGACGCUUAGGGUAAGAAACCAUUCCAAAUCAAGUGUCUGCAGUUGGGAAGGAUCAGGAGUUACCAUAAGUCUAAGACGACUGAAAGCCCUCAGCUUUCAUUUAAAAAAAAUAACUGUCCUUUGAUAAGCAAUGGCAAUAAAAACAACACAGAAUCCUACUGACAGUUUGUAUGCAGCCAUCAGUGAGUGCCAGCUGGUUAGCGAAACGAGGAUCUCUUCAUAUUCUCAUGUGUGUAAAAUUAGGCCUUGUUUUAUAAAAUUUAUAGUAUUUACACUGUGAAUUUUCCCCCAUAAGGCUUUGCUGUUACUAUUCUCUUUGCCUUGUAUAUAUUUUUUCAAUGUAUUUUUCUUUGUUUAUUUUAUUUUCUUUGUUUAUAGUUUAUUUGAUGUUUGGUUUUGUCCAUUAUAUGUAUAACAUUCGCUGUAUGUCUUUGCAACAACAGAACAAUAUAAAUGUCCUGGAGCUUAUGAUUUCAAUACCUUUAAUGACUUUUUGUAAAAAAUUUAAAUAUAAAACAAGUCUAAUACUUUGUAGAUUUUAAUAAGUAGAAGCAGAUUUUUUUAUCCUUUGGACACACAUACCCCUCUGAAGGGAAAACUAGUGCAGCUGUGUUGAAAGUUUUUCUGAGGAAUACCUAUGGCAAAUAAAUAUUCCAUGUAUGUGUGAA